AUGGGUGGGGGCGGGGCUCCUGUGUCCGCACGCCUGGCCUGCAGACUGGAACCCGAGGACGUCACCGCGGAGCAGGCUGAUUCCUAUUGGCUGAUUCAGUCAGUGUUCCAUUGUGGACAUCACAAUGCGGAAAACCUAAAGAGACACAAGGACACACGUACCGUGGAGAAACCCUGGAAAUGUGGGGAGUGCAGGAAGGGAUUCAAAGCCCCAUCUGAGCUGGAAAUUCAUCGGCGCAGUCACACCGGGGAGAGGCCGUUCACCUGCUCCGAGUGUGGGAAGGGAUUCACUCAGUCAUCCAACUUGCUGGCACACGAGCAGGUUCAUACCGGGGAGGGGCCAUUCACCUGCUCCAUUUGUGGGAAGGGAUUCACUCAGUUAUCAGCCCUGCUGCGACACCAGGCAGUUCACACUGGAGGGAGGCCAUUCACCUGCUCUGAGUGUGGCAAGGGAUUUACUAGAUCAUCCAGUCUGCUGACACACCAGCGAGUUCACACCGGGGAAAGGCCAUUCACCUGCUCUGAAUGUGGGAAGGGAUUUACUAGAUCAUCCAGUCUGCUGACACACCAGGGAGUUCACACCAGCGAAAGGCCAUUCACCUGCUCUGUGUGUGGGAAGGGAUUCGGCGAUUCAUCCAGCCUCGCGAGACACCAGCGAGUUCAUACAGGGGUGAGGUCAUUCCAAUGUUUCCUUUGUGGAAAGGGAUUCACUCUUUCAUCCAACCUGUGGAGACACCAGCGAAUACACGCCAGGGAGAAGCUGUUCAACUGCUCUGAGUGUGGGAAGGGAUUCACUAAUUCACCUGCCCUGCAGAAUCACCAGCGAGUUCACACUGGGAAGAUGCCAUUCACCUGCUCUGAGUGUGGGAAGGGAUUCACUCGGCCAUCUCACCUCCAGACACAUCAGCGAGUCCACACUGAGGAGAGGCUGUUCACC